AUGGCAACUAGAGUUAACAGAAAAAAUGCUCCUGCGACCUCACCUAAGGAGGUAGUGGCGUCGGAAAAGGCGCAAUCGAAGAAUGAAGCAACGGCCGACGUACCAAAAACUGCCGGUACACCCAAGUCAAUAGGUAAAAGAAUAGCCAAAAAUAUCCCUAAGAGUAUAGUGAAAAAACCUUUACUAGGAGUCACGCUGAAAGCCAAAGGAAGAAAACCACUUAAACUUAACCCUCUAGCUAAAGCUGCGCUUCACUCUACUAAAAGUGCAGAGAGCAAAAAUAAACUUCUUAAAAACGGUGUAAAAGAAAAACGGUUCAGGAAAAAGAAAUUGAAGGUUGUUAAAGAAUUAGAGGACAAUCCGCCUGUCUUAGAACCGAUAUUUCCAUUGGAUGAGAACGUUAAGAAACAACCUAAGAAACGAGGACCUAAGAAACAAAAAACCCAAUCCGAAACCACGGAAUUGUUGGACGUUAAUGCUAUUAAAGUGGAAUUGGAAGAUAAUCCAACAUCUACAGAUACAAACAACGUACCACCUCUUCCAAAACAAGGAAAGAAGCGUGGUAGAAAGCCAAAGGUUCAAAAGGAGACAAUAGAAGAUGUCAUGAAGGACUUAUCGUUUCUUAUUAAAGCAGAGGAUAUCAAGGUAGAAGCAGAUGAUUUGUCCGAGUCUUCCAAGAGUGAUAUAAUAUCGAAACCUAAAAAGAAUAUAAAGAAAAUAAAGUUAGAUUUAUUAAACAGUAAUAUAAUCAAAAAAGAAAAUUUAGAAAAUGCUCCUGUUAAAUUUGACUCCUCUGCUGAGAAAAUAAUAGAAAUGUUAGAUCUGAAUGUAGCUACGUUAAAAAAGAAAAACAGAGCCAUCGGAAGGCGGCAUAGUAUUGAAAAAUGUCCGUUUAGCCAAGGGGAUACGACUGAUACUCUUAACAUUUUUAAUCAUCUUCCCAGAAGCCUUAGUCCACGGGCGAAACGGAAAGGAAAACCAGAAGGUACUAGUAAUCGGUCUAGUCCGUAUAGUACAAGAUCUGAUUCCCCAGCCAGAAUACUAAGAAAUGGAAAGCAGAGAAAAUUAAAAUUAGGUUUAUUAGACGGACUAGACUUGGAAGUGAAAAAAAGAAGACGGCUAGGUUCUGAAAUGGGUAGCGAAGUAGGUUUUAAAUUAUCAGGCUAUGAGUCAGAUAGUAGCUUUUCAGACUUAUCGUCCGUACACGGAACUGAAAGUAACGAAGCCUUAAAAGAUGAAACUGAUACUAAGCCUAGCAUAAGCACUGCCUCUAAUGGACCAAUUGAUAGCUUAGCUCUAGUAGACACUAAUUCCAAUUAUAAUAAUGUAACUAUAAAAACAGAAUCAACUAAUAUUCUACCGGAAAAGGACGCUUUACUAGAUAUAAUGAAACAAGCUUUUAACGAAGUAGACCUAAAAAAGAGUACCAAAUUUAAAGUUGGAACAGUAGUUAGCUCACGAUUUUACGGCAAAAGGAGCUCAACACCGUCACAGGGUAAACCGGAAACAAUCAUUAAAGAUAGUCUAAUAAUUGAACCAGAAAUCAGUGAAAAAAUUGCUGACGAGGCUCCACCUCUUAUAGAAAACACUCAGGAGUGUUGUACGGCAGUGACUGAUGUUGCUGAAACGGUAACAGAACCUACAGAAAAUUUAGAUACUGAGGAAAAAAUAGUAGAUGACGUAGUUAAAUCUACAGACAUUAUCACCCAAGAUACUUUAAUUAAUAAUUCAGAAGAAGUAAAACCUGAAACGACAGAGAAAGCUGAAGAAGUAAAACCUGAAACGACAGAGACAACCGAGGAAGUAAACCUUGAAACGAUAGAGAAAGUUGAAGAAGUAAAACCUGAAACGACAGAAAAAGUUGAAGAAGUAAAUCUUGAAUGUAACAGUUACCCAGAGGUGGAGCAGCAAUUAGAAGUGCCUGUUAGCACAGAAUCUGAUAUUAAAGUUGAUGACCCGGAACCUAUGGAAUGUGAUAAAUUGGCGAUGGUUGAAGAUUUACAGUCAGAAUCUGUUGAUGAAAACCAAUUAGAUAUUGAAGCACCAAUUUUAGAACCAGAAGUUUUACCAGAAAUCGGACCUAAAGAAGAAGAAAAACUACUUGAACCAGAAGAACCGUACACGGAGGCUACUGAGGAUGUAGAAGUAAAAGAUGUUGUUAACGAGGAGGAAAUGUUGCAAGAAGAGGAUAACGAAGUUGCUGCCGAGACUGCGACAGAACCAAUGGAGGAACAAAAAUCAGAAGUAGAGGAAGAAAAUUUGAAUACCAUAUCGACUGAGAAUAUUAAUGCUGUGAUUACUGAAAAUACUGUAGAAGACUAUAAUCUCAAUUUGGAAAAAGCUUCGGAGGAUAUAGCCGAAAAGGAGAGUAUUUUGAAGGUUAGUAAAAUUUUUAAUACAAAGCAUCUUCCUCAUCGUCCUGGAAACACGGACCACAAUCUUCAGACACGGCUGGUGCGCACAGAAAAUCACAUUAUUCUAACAGAUCUAACAUGGGCAUCUUCCUCAUCGUCCUGGAAACACGGACCACAAUCUUCAGACACGGCUGGUGCGCACAGAAAAUCACAUUAUUCUAACAGAUCUAACAUGGCUGAGACACAUUUAACACGAGAUUCCUGUCUGUGCGAUGCUUGUUACCGACAUGUUGAUCGAAAAUCAAAUACACCUUCUUACAUGAAUAAAUCUCUCAAACGGAAUUCAUUGGUUGCACCUGGCCCUAGACAGAAUCACUGCCACGUUUUAGGAUGUAAUAGAGAAUCAUCGAAUAUAUUGCGAAGAAAAUGGAUUAUAAAGAUGAGGAAAAGUAUUUGCCAAGUGAUAAAUAUCGAUCUGGACAAUCCAGGACUGCACUCUAUCCCCAUUUGUGACCAACACUACGCAGCCUUGGAACAUCUCAUGAUUUGCGCGAUGUGCAAAAGAAGAUUGGCCAGAAACCAUGUCCAAUAUUUGGGUCCAGAGACAACUGAAUUAAAUAGAGUUCUUAACGAAAACGGAAUACCUCUCAAGUUGAAUGAUAAACCUGUAGUGUUGUGCAAACUGUGUAAAUGUUUUGCUACAAUUAUCCUGAAAAAUCCAAGUGAAAGGCUUGAGACAAGCGUUAAUUUCCUUAACGAGUACAAAAAGCGACUUCUCCAUUUCAAUGACAUUGUACCAAUGGAUGAAUCAGAAGCUGAGGAACCAAUUAUCGUACCCAGCAGAGCAGAAAGGAUAGAAAAUCUGAAGAGAAAGAAAAAACUGGUUAAAAAUCCAGCUGCUCUAGAUCGUACGGAUGUAGAAGAUCAAGAAGAACCUUCCGCGAGAGAAGAAAGGGUACCUUCAACUGACACAAACAGUCAGUCGAGGUCAGAAUCGCCGAGCGAUGAUUACAACGGAAUCGAUUACAAUACGCUUAUACCCGCCAUCGCGAUGGAAAUCGGAAGUGACACGGAAGGGAAGAGAGAUGGAAAAUCGCCUAAUAUGAUUAAAAAGUUAACCGAUAUGCAUCGAGAAGGCGUAGAAAUAGUAAAAAUCGUAAAGACCGAAAAAUCCAAAGCCGGCGAAGCGAGCACUAGCAAACUUGGGUUCAAUUCCUCGGUCUCAGUUCGACAACUAUUUCCAGGGGAAGAUGACCUUUCUUUAACAGGCAACAUAGAAUUUAAUAACGUCAAGGAGAAAACUCCAGAUGGGUGGGAGAAGUGCAGUUCCGUUAUUCAGUAUGAUGAGGAAACGAAAAGACUAUGGCAAGAAUUGCAGAAACCAUAUGGCAACCAAAGCAGCUUUUUGAGGCAUCUCAUUCUUUUAGAGAAGUACUUUAGAAAUGGUGAUCUGGUACUAUCACCUAAAGCUAGUCACCAUUCAAUCAAUUAUAGUGAAUCUGUGCAUAAUAGAUUAAGAGCUUACGACAACAUACCUACCAGUGCUGGUAAUAUUCAACCUUUAAGUAUGCUUCCUUUCAAUAAAAUGUCCAGCAAAAGCAGUAGUAUUAUAUCCAGCGGAGUUAUUCCACCAGCGUUGAACAGCUCAGUUUUCACUAUCUCCUCCAUCCAGAACCCGAACAAUCCCAAACCAGUGGGCAGUACCGCGAUGUCAGUAACCAGUGUACCAAUUAAUCAUGCGAAAAGUACACCUUUAACUAUAUCUCAGCUCAACAGCCCACCUCUACUUCCAUCCACGGCAACACUACAACCGAUCAGACCGAAGAUGGGAGCCCCGCCUGGCUUGAUUUCCUUGCAUCCCGGAACUUCUCGGCCGAUAGCGCCUUUAGUCAAAGUACCUCAGCCUCAGAAAAUUAAGUUCCCUAUCACCAAGAAUUGGAGACCUAAUCUGAUACCAAUUGAUCCUACCAAGAAGCAAGGAAGAAAGACUGGUUUGGUUCAGGUAAUUUCUUGUGGUAAACCGUACCACAUAACCCUCGAAGACUACAAGAAGAUGUGCGCCAUUAAACGAAGUUUCGAGAUGAAGCAACAGCGUCUUCAAGAAGCCCAACCGAAAUCGAUAUUUGUCACCCAUAAUUCCGUUCUUAAGUCAAUUACCCCUAGAAAGGGAUUAGUUAUAUCUAAAACAGCGACUGUCACCGCUCCGCCCAAGCUGGAACCUCCUGAGCUAGUUCCAGAAGGUGAGAAUAUUCUAGACAAACUUGACAAACAGGUGGAAAAAUUAGAAUCUAAGUUAAACGAGAAAUCUUAUAUUCCUAGAAUCCCGAAAUCGUUGACUGUCAUACCGCAGACAGUGACCAAGAAGACUUCGAGGCCUUCGAGUCCCGUGUUACUCAUCACACCCAAGAAUAGCAGUGGCAAGUCAUGAUCGCAUUCAAUGACAAUUGUUCAAAGUGCCUAUUAGAUAUUUGGUGAGUUGGUAGAAAUUUGGAAGUACUGUAUUACCAAGUAUAAAAAUUAUAUUAAUAAGCCAUGAUAAUCGAUAUUCAUUUUUGAUAAUUAUCUUGGAACUGUUGAUUUUUAUUCAAAUUUUAAUAUGGUUGCCAGUUUGUAAACAACUGCACGAUUCGACUAUUCUAGUGAUUCCUUGUAAUAUUUAAAAUGCAUUUCAACUUUGUUCUUUAUCGAAAAGACUGAAUGUAAGUAAAUAGUUGUGUUUGAUAUAACUUUAAUAUAGUUUAAAUGAAAAAUAUAUAAGUAUAUUAUUAGCAAAGAAACUGAAAGUGCUCAAAAUACUUUCAAGAAUAUGAGUGCAUCUUUAAGAUUUCACGAAGUAAUUUGAGGAGAAGCUAUAUUUUUAUUAGCAACUUUAUUUAAAUACUUUUGUUCAUAAAGUGAUUAAUAGGAAACAAGCAUCAAAUACAAAUGAUAUGAAUAAAGCGUACGGAAGCAAAAGAAAUAUUAAUAUUGUCAAAAUUUCAAAAUUAAAAGUUGUUUUUGUAGGUAAUGUGUAGAAGCGGAACUUUCUAUGAAAAUAUUCAAAAACGUAAAUUAAAACAAAAGUGGAUCCUAAAUAUGACGUCAUUAACAUAGCUCUACCAAGAAAGUUAUCGUCAUAUUUGAUAUGUUUCUUUAUCAAGUACCAUUUUCGUUGCGAAGUUGGUUAUCAUCGGAACUGCUCAAAUUUCUGAGUCAGAAUAUAUGUCUUCUUCCGAUACUUUGUCCGUAUGAUGCUGUAUAUUUCACCAUUUAUUGCAUUUCCCCUGCUUUUCUCUUUAUUUCUAAUCCACCAGGAAAAUGCAAUUCCUGUAGUUGGCUGUACACUGUAUACCAUAAAUCACAAAAGUUUUAUUUCAAAAUCCUUUAUUAUGCCGAAGAGGAUAUUUUUAAUUAUAUACCUUUUAUAAAGCAUUAAAAAAACUUUUUUUUAUUUCUACUUACUUUUUUUUUCAAAUUUUUCAGAUACUUUCAGUGGUAAAUCCCCUCAAAGAUUGAUUACAAUGCUUCAUCUUAAUUGGUGUCUUUACUAAUCCGCAUUAACUUCAUCGUUUGAAUGUUAAGUUAUAAUUGCUCAGUCAUCAAUCUCACCAGGUACUUUAAAUUGACAUAAUUAUUACGGUAUUGUCUGCCCGACGAAUAUUGUUGACUCUGAAAGGUCACUGAAAAUCCACUGUUUUAUUUUCUAAAGCAUUUUUCAUAAUUUUUUCCAAGUAUACAUUAAAUAGUAACAUUAUACAUAACUUGCCUUACUGCUUUUGUUUUUUAACUUGUAAGUUGAAAUCUUAACUCCAACACGUAUAAAUUUGAUAUUUAUCACGCUGGUGAAUUUUUAUUUAAAAAGGUUUCAAUGAGUUGAGUAUGGCGAACAUUGUCAAAAGCAUUGUUAAAAUCUAUAAAGAAAGCUUCAAAGUAUUUUCAGUGUGUGGCACGAGGCUUUUUGUUCGGUAGUCGAUGCAUUUGUCGCUCAUAAUCGAUUAUAUUUCUUUUUGCAUUUGCUGAGCUUUUUGUAACGAUUUGUACUGGUUUUUAUCUGUAUUUUUGCGGUUUCUGUCUUCAGUUAGAUCCAGAUUUUUUAUCAACGCUUCUCUUUUUCUUUAUAGGUGUUAACGUUAUUUAUUUGCAUGUGUUUUUUAUUUUUCAAACACAAUUCUACUUUAUUUUCCUUUCUGACAUGUCCACACGAAGGCUCGUGUUUAGGUUAGGUUUGAGUUGAUAUCCCUUUGUUUUUUUUUUUAUUUUAUGCUACUUAGAGUGGUCGCUAUAUAUUUAUGGACGAAAAUGACUUUAUUGCUUUUCAAAAUAUUCUUUAUCGAAAUCAUUCGAAAUACACUUAAUUGCUAUACACUUUAUUGAUACACUUUUUGCAUGGGUUUGAACCAAUCUUUGAAGCACUCUUUCCACAUAGAUGUAGGUAACUCCAAAACAUGGGUUUUGAACGCUUCAACCAAUUUAUUUUUGAUGUGCUGGAAUAAAACGAAGUCAUUGGGUGCCAAAUCAGGACUGUACGGCGGAUGACUCGUUAAUUCGAUGUUUUGAUGGAUGAUUUUGAAAGAUGAUUCGUCAUUUCUUAUUCUUUUUCCGAAUUUCCCUAGCAACUUCUAGCAAGCAAAUGGUUGUAUACCAUUCAGAAUUGACAGGCUUACGUUCUUGUAACGGCACUGUAGCUACAUGUCCAUUUAUAUCAAAUAAACAAGGGACCAUUCGAUUCGAUGUGCUUUUUUCACCAACAACUUUUGUUGGAUUUUGUUCAUCUUUGGCUCUAAAUAGUUUUGCACUACUACAUUUAUACCACUCUCUUACUUCUUCGUCUUCUCAGAUUUUUCUUUGAUGUUUUGUCUGCUCUGGGUGUCAACUCGUACAUUGGCAGUUUUAUUCCAAUAUAGAUUAGAUAUAAUUCUCAUGUAACGACUCUCAGUAUGUUUGCUUUUUAAUAUAUCUACAAGCUAUUAAUGUUGAACCUUAUAAAAUACCUUUUUAAAGUAUACAAAACAUAAGUAGAUGUCCUUAUUCAUGUCCAUGCAUCUUUAGGCCAGUACAUUCAAGCCGAACAAAGCAUCUCUUGUACCCAUACUAUUUCUAUAGCCAAAUUGUGUGUCAAUAAUUUCAUAUUCAUGAAUUUUAACAAUUCUGCUGUGUAUUAUUUUCAAAAAUGUUUUAAAUGUGUGACUUUAAGUUUGUUACACUUGAAUUUUUAGGAAUUGCUACAAAGAUUGAUUGCAGCUAUUGUCUGGAUAUUGUGGCAGUGUGAUACAUUAGAAAAAAUAAUUAAAUCAUUACAUCAAAAACAUCUUUGUCGAUGAGUUUUAAUAAUUCGAAACAGUUGCUGGAUGUUGGAUGCAGUAGCGCACGUAGAAUUUUCCUCUGGGGGGAGGGGGGUUUUGGUUGGGCACCGAAAUUUUUUUAUGCUACCUCCACCAUUUUAAGUACUUAAAAUUUGUGAAUAACAGUGUCGGAAGAGGGUUCUGGGGGGUCUAACCGCCAAACCCCCCCCCUGGGUACGCCACUGGUUGGAUGUAAUUGAUCCAGUGGCACAAUCUUUCUUUCACAUUAGUAAUAAUAUCCCCUUUAUCAUUUUUAAGAAUAUUCGUCCCUGUGUUUUUUCUAGAAUCUGCAAUUUCUUUGAUUUUUUGCCUUUUCCUUGGAUCUGUCGUAGAGCCACCUCUCUUUUGCUUCUCGAAUUUUCUCUCUGAUGUUUCUUUGAAUUUCUUUGUAUUUAUUCAGGUUUUUCGCUUUAUGUUUUCUUCGUUCUUCCAUAAGUUCAAGAAUUUCUACUGUCAUCUAAGGUUUUCUUUUUCUCCAAGUAGUUUGAGUGUUUCUUUUCCAACUAACACAAGGGCAUGAUGUUGAAUUUUUCCCCAUUUCCCCAUUUUGGUCAAAAGUUUCCGCAUUAUUAUUUUUGUUUAUUUAAUUUUCUUCAAGUUUUCGUUUAUUUAAAGUUUCAUUUCCAUAUUUCCAUAUAUAUCGUCUUCUUUGAGCUGCCUUGUAUCCAUGGUUUUCUUGAAGCUAGGGUACUUUACAUUCUUUACUUCACUCUUACCGACAAAACAACCGGGUCGUGAUCGGAGGAUAUGGCAGCUAUUGGAUAAGUUUUGGAUGAUAUUAUAGAGUUUCUAUAUUUUCUGUUGACGAUAAUAUAAUUUAUAUGAUUUCUUACUAUUUUGUUUGUCAGCUGGUGACUUCCACGUGUAUAAGUGUGUAGUUUGAACAAGGUAUGUGCAAUUAUGAAUUUCUCGUUGAUCAGAAAUAAAAAUCAACCAACCUAUUGCCACGUUCAUUCCUCUUUUCGAGUCCAUAUCUCCCCACACAAUUCUCCACUUAUUGUGGGCCCACUUUAGUGUUUAAAUCGCCUAUUAUAUUAUUUAUAUCAUGGCCUUUAGUUAGCUUUAAGACAUCGCCAAUUUGUUCACAGAAAGCAUCUAUGGUUUCUUCAUCUUUGUCAGCAGUGGGUGCAUGUACUGGAUUGUAAUUAUUUUACGUUUUAAAUUUACGAGUUGAGAGACAGCAUCAAUACUCGAUCAAGGUAGCUAACAAUGUUACAAACAUCUAUCUGUAAAUUAUGUUAAACGAAAAUAAUGUAUCUGUAUCUUUACUACACAGUAGAUAGUUUCUUUGUAGUUCUAAAUAAAAAUUUUAAUAUUUUAAAGGUCACACUUUACCUUUCAAAUAUAAAUAUUACUAAAUGUUGGUAAAUGUUUAAAAAACGGUGCUCUAAAUGGAACUGAUUGACACUUUAAAAGAAUUUAAAAGUUUUUAUAUUUUUGGAGUACUUCCUAAUUUCGCCCAUCACCAUUACCCUAUACAAAUUUCAGAAUACUUUUAAGUUUAAAAUUUCAUUUUAUAGAAUGUUGGUAUAAUAUGAAAUAUUUACUUCGUGAAAAACCUAAUUAAGUACUUGUUAAAAUAUUGACAGUUGAAAUAAUAUUUUUUUAAACACAAAAAAUAAAAAAAACAAAAAUGUAAAUAUUAUUGACUUGUACAUAUUAUUAUGAUUACAUGUAGUCGAUAAGUAUGUCUUAAAUUACUGAAUGUUACAGUAUAUGGAGUUCUUCUUGGUACAGUUCACAUCAAAAGAUAUUAAAAUACUCGUAUUUGAUAUCAUGGUUUGAGUUUUUUAAUGUAUACUUUUUGCUUGUGGCUCUAUAGUAUGUUAAAUCUGAUGUAGUUUUCUCCUUUAUCUUCUCUACUACAGAAGGUAAUAUGAUAUUAUCUUUGAUCAUAUUUCGUCGCGCAUUAUAUGUAUAAAAGGGUUUCUGUUCAAAUAUCUUUCUCUACACAAAAUUAGUCAUUCUGCGAAUUACAUACACUUGGCUGUACUAUUGCUUUGUAAAUAGAUAUAGCUAUACAGAAUUGGAAGUCCAAGAUAUGAACAGGCGGUAGAUACAUCUGUUGAUUGUUCUAUAUCCACAGCCUUUUAUAGACUAAGAGCUGAUAGACAUUUUUUAAAGUAAAGGAAACUUUUCGUUCUAAAAAUACAGCUUGGUUGACUCGUGAAGACUAUAAUGGCUGGUCCGUCCCUUGAAUGAGUUGAUGUGUCCGCGUACUUUCUUUUUAAUUUCGUCGUCAAGUCUGUGGUAGUUUCCAUGUUUUCCCCUUUUAUCACUUGGGGCGAUCCCUGUUUUCUUCAUACUACUGACUAAAUAUUACAGCGAAUUGUAAAUAUUAUAGCUUUUCUUUCCCUCCUUUUCUUUCUCUGUCUGAACAAAUUUUUGAUCUGAUAAAAUUGUCUGGCCUAUUUAUUUCCUAUUUUAUUGAAUUCUAAAUUGAAAGACGUUAAAAUUUUAGAUACUACUUGAACUUGUCUAGCAGCUCUUGUCUGUCGAAGUAAUCUGGUCGAAAAGAAGCUGUUGUUGUAUGGGCUCUUUCGUAAAUGAAGUAUUUACUUCAAUUUAGCAGCACAUGAAUAAAUUCAAUAUUAAGUUUUAUAUGUCCCUUGUAUUACUGGUUUUUUGUUAAAUAUUUCCUAAUUUUCUUUCGCACAUUGAUUCUUGAAGUUGUUGCGGAGAAACGUGACCUAUAACCUAUAAUAUUUUUGAUUUAACUGUUACUUUAAUAUGGAAAUAAACUUUUCAUAUAGUCGAAAUUUUGAGUUUGGGCAUGUUGAGUUAUCAAAUAAUCCUGUAGGAAUGUACUAGUCCUAGUGCUACUGCUAAAUUGCGAUUCUGUGUUAUCUAUCGGCAUGAAAUAAUAUGUAGGGACCUUAAAAAGAACAAUAGUAAACAUAUAUAAAUAUUUUUAAUACGAAUUGAUUUGUAAAUGUUGUCAUAUAUCAUAAUCUUGUUCAUAUAUCUUAUUUUACCCGAAUGUUGAAGGUAUAACAUGUGACUUUUAUAAAACAUUUCUAAUUUUUUUACAAUAUCAACCGAUUUUCGUCAAAUAUUAAAUGAUUACCAUAUUAUAGUUUUAUUUUACU